GCUCAGGCUUCAUGGCAAUCCCCUCUGAUGCGACCCACUGCAUAUUAGGACUCCUCCUUUAGUUUAUUUGUCUUGUUUCCUGCUCACCUUGAAAGUGCACUACCUAGGGAGAGGGACGAGAGCGAUGAUCACAUUUUUUUCAUCCUGUUGUGUGCGGCAUUCUACUUCAGGUCCGUGUAGUGUAUGCCUCUGUCUUACUAUCGUAUCGCGUGUUGAGCAUCGUUCUCUUUUGUGAUUGUGAAAGAUCAAAAUGAUGGGUUCGUGUUUCCAUCCAAGUUCCACCGGCACAUGGUAUGCUCAAAUACGAAGGCAAGACUUCCACACCGCAUCUCGAAUUAGCCGCGCAAUGGCGUCGCUUCCCAGGCUUGCGGCAGUGCUACACUAUCUUCUUUACGACACCGGACAGCAGCACGCACUCGCAAUGGACGCACCUAUGGGCUUUGGAAUCGGUCAGCAGCAGCGUGGGGUUGUGUCGGCGUCUACUUCAGAGAGGACAUCCUCGGUAGAAACACACGACGGCGCGUCGGCGUCGGCGCUGCUCCAACCGCAGCAGAAUCAGAACUCAGGAGAGCAGACCAACACGAUUUUCGAAGUCUCGUCCGACCACUCGAAAUUCGGUGUGUCACUGAUCCCGGAAGAAACAAAAAUCCAACUCACGCCUCCAAAUCGGUAUUUCCGGCAGCCGACAGCGGAAGAAAACAUGGCGAGUCUCCGGUGCACGAGUAGUCAGGAUCUUCAGGUGGAUUUCCUUUACGUAAAAGACGUCCUGUUCGGGCUACUCGAUUACGCGUUUGGUGGGGCGAAUCAGAAACAAGACCCGGCGAAAAACGCAUUCGCGCGGCAGCUGACCCGAGUCCAGCAUUCGUGGCACAAUGUGGCGACAUUGCAGGUAAGCUAUCGUGCUAGAUCGCUGUGUAGUGUUUUGCCAUUGCAUUUCCUGCUUGAUAGAGCUUUGUAUCUUGAAGACCACAAAGAGUGUUACUGCAACUCUCGAUGAUGUUUUGUGGUUCUUACUUCCGCGAAUACCAUGCGAAAAAAAUGUCAACACAACAGUA